AUGACCGCAAACGGAUGGACUUUGACGUUCGGGCACGACCGGCGGCGCCGUGUCGCGGUGGACCGUCCGUAAUAAAUCGUAAUAAUUAUAAACGCGGGGCUAUUGAAAUAAAUGGGUAACUAUGUCCGGUUAUUUAUAAACCGUUACGUGUACCCGAUCACGGCAUAACAAUACGGGUCGUCAAUGUCGCGCCACACGCCCGUCAGAGUUCAUACGAAAACCCAUCGCCGUGGUGGUACUCCGCCUACAAAGACGCACGCCGCCGUCGCAACAGGUCGUCUGAAGUCGAAACGCUUACGAGAGAGAAAAAAAUGCCGUCCGCAUUGCGCUCGAUUUUUUUUUCCCGACGUUAUCGCGCGCGCUCGCUUGUUAUUUUCCGUUCGGAAACGUUACUGUGAUCGGAGAGAAAGAAAAAAUGACGGCAAUGGACCUUUUUCGUUGCGUUUUGGAUCUACUUGAUGCAUCGAGAAGGUCAUUUUUCGAUUUUCCAAGGUAGUUUUAAUAAUCGGGAAAAACCGCAAAAACCAACAAUGACGGUUUCAUUAUCGAUUUGUUUUCGGUUUGGUAAGCUACAGGAAAUACUGUUCCGAAUUCCAAUAUUAACAUGUUUUCUGACACAAAAAUGAUGUCAAGUUAACAAUAAAUAAUCGAUCCUAAUAUCAAUAUAAUUAUAAGUUUUCCAACGUGUAUAAUACCUAUUGUUUAAAUUUUAACCAGGGCCGUAUUGGGAAAAUAGUAAAUAAACUGCCGCGAGGUUGUAAAUGAUGUUGAGUUAUAUCCAUGCAAUUUUCAAGUUUCAACCACAAACAUUUUUUUACUAUCAUAAAAUAACAAAUUUAUUGUGUGAAUACAUAUAUUUUUGUAAAAAUGCCAAUAUGUUAAUAGGCUCUUCCCAUAAAUUAGGUCCAUCCCCAAUUUUAUAUUUAGACCUUUCCAUAAGUCUAGCAUUUCACCUGAAAUUCUUCAUACUCCACACUUUAUAAUCGAUUGUCUUAACUUAGGUAAACUAUUUUGAAAAAUUGUUUUAUUAAGCAAAAAACAUAUAUGACUCUGUUCAAAAAACAACCACCUUUCCUUUUCGAUACAUUCACUCAUACUGACGAAAAAUGUUUAUAAAAUCUCACAGAAAGAUUAGAAAUAGGUACUUAUUAGAAUAAUUAAUAACUUAGGGCAGAGGAAUUGUAGCUCUAAAAAAUCACCGAAUAUGCACUUAAAUAUAUAAAAUAUGCAUUUUAAAAUUAAUAUUUUUGUACAAAAAAUAAGAAUUUUUCUAUAGGUACCUAUGUUUUUAAUGGACAAAUUUUAUUUACAACUUUAUUUAACAGCGUACAAGUUACAAUUAAUAACUUGAAUUAUUUGGGUUUAUUUUAUGGGUUUUCUUAUCUGGAUACUUCUUCAAAACUUUCAACUUCUUCAACUACUAAGAAACAAUUGACAAAAUAUUUUAGUUUCAAAUAUUUAAGUUUAACACAAAUUUUUACCUUGUAAGUUACAUUGAACGAAAAGACGUUUUUUUUCAAAUUUUUAAACCGAAAACUUUUUCUAUUGUCAGCUAACAGCACUUUGAACAUUGAAAAAGAGCGUUCAACAUCAACGGAAUUUAUAGGAGCAUAUUUAAAAUAUACAAAACCGCCCGCCCCCGUGGCCCGUAACGAUAAUAUUUUGUGCGUUGAACAAUAUUAUCUUAUCUAUCUAUAAAUAAAAUGAAUAACCCGGCAAUCAAUCUAAUCGGCAACUCUCAAGACGUGUUUCUAGGAAAAACACGCGUCUGGGAAUAGUCAACAACCAUAUUCGUAUUAUGAUCAAAAUUUAAAAUAAUUUUAAAUUCAACGUUAUUUUGCUUGUAUAAAUGAAUAAAUAAGUAAAAACGUCGAUAAAAAAAUGAUAAUUUGUUAAAAAAAAUUGCAUCCAUAAGUAUAAAAUGGAACAAGUAUGCUCUAAAAACCAAAAAAGCGCAAAAUGUGCAUUUAUUUGCGCGAGAUAAAAUUUCGAAACUAACUUCGCUGAAGCUUGAAACGUGUUUGUUUCGCACUCUGCUAUUAUUGUGACCAUGCGAAAAAAAAAGCUAUGCAAACGCCACAAGUCCUCCGCCCUGAUAAUAAGUAAUGCAAAUCAACAAAAAACGAAACACGCACAUGCGUCGUCGGUUAGUGUCGUGGAGAGUAAGUAAAAAAUUAGUAGUCGCGCGCUCGUGCGAGCAACGAGACCGACGGGGGGUGACGUGCAUGGUGUUACUCGAUGGACGGACGAUGCGAACAUAAUAACAUGCAUGAAAACACACAUAUAACGCCAAUUACGAUAAUAAUCGUACGAAAUAAUACCGCAGAUCAAACAAAACUAUGAACAUUAGAUGAUAACACAUUAAUGAUGCUAUUAUUAAUUCUAUUGAUAAAUUACGAUUUGUUUAUUAAAUUAAACAAUAAUUAGAAAAAAGAUUAAAAAACUUUGUGUGUACUGGCUGCCCACGUAGGGUCUAGGAAGUGGUGGUACUACUGGUAGAUGUAUUAAACCGCACUUGCAACAAUGUUCCUUUACUUUUCACAUAUCGACGUGACCCGUGUGUACCCGUCACACAAGUGGGAGAUGGUACACGGCGGCAAAAUGUCCCCUUUUCUAAAAGUCGAUAUGUAAACUGCGGCAAGUGCAAAAUAUUUAACAUUAUUCAAACUGCGGUAAUUUAUUUUAUGUACUGAUUGUAGUUAUAAGAUGAUCGAUGAACGACAUAACGUUCGUAAGCUAUCUGUGUAACAUGUGCGACGCACGUAUUAUUAUUAGGGUUUAUGGUGUUCCGUGUCGUUGCACAUACAAUUUUAUAACAACCUCGUUUUUAUUUUACUUUUCGUAGAAAAAACAUUAAGUAUUUGACUAGUAUUAAAAUAUUAAAAUUUUCUAUUUCAUAAUUUUAAAAUUUUUUAAUUUUUUAUUUUUACGCCUAUAAUUUAAGAAACUCCCGUUGAUUAUGUGCGCACCAAAAAAAAAAAAUAAAAUAAAAAUGUCUACGCCCUACCGUAGAGCAUAUACCUAGUUUACAUUCAGCCGCUGCCAUUGCUACACGCGCUGCCGUAUUUACUCGUCAAAAUACUUCUGUGACAGCGUCGACGGCGGCGAGUGUUUACAUUGCCCUGCUAAUUAUAUACCCAGUUUACAUUCAGCCCACCCCCGUGGCAGUGAGCAGGGAAGUGAGCAUAAAAAUGGGCAGCGCGAGUAUGUAAACACGUCACUCGCGCUGAUCGUGCUCCUCGCACUGAUGCUGCCCGACGCUCCCGUCAACAGCGGUAAACUGAGCAGCGCGAGCAGCAACAUAACCGGCAAUGCGAUCAAUCCGGCAAUUGCUACACGCGCUGCCGUAUUUACUCCUCAAAAUACUUCUGUGACAGCGUCGACGGCAGUGAGUGUUCACAUUGCCCUGCUAAUUAUAGCAGCGCGAGCAGUUUAUCUAAUGUUAAAUUUGUUUUUGUCGCAAUUUUACAUAUCGACUUUUAGAAAAAGGGAAAUUUUACCGCAGUUUGGGUACAUACCGCCACAUAAAUCUGCCUAAAUCUUUUCCCUCAGAAUCGCCCAUGCCGCGGUCUCCUUAAUAACACUGAUAACAAUGUUGUCUUAAAUAGAUUAAUGAUCAACGGACUUAUAACGUAAGACACUCGUCGUUUCAGAAAGCAUUAACUUUUUUCGCAAUUUGUUUUUUAGAACAUUUAAGAAAUGCUCUAAAAUAUUACAUUAGAUACGGUUAUUUUCUAAGGAGUGAAACAAUUACAUACUUUUGAUUUUUCAAAAGAUAACCUAUUACGCUUUUAAGUUUAGACAAGAAAGAGUGGCGUAACACUAUUACAACACCAAGUGCCGUCCCAUCACAAAAAUGAUGCACCACUACUCUUCCCUCGCCAUGUCUUAAAUUGGAAUAUCUCUCCAAUGGGUUGAUGGAAAUUAAAAAUCACAUAACCAAAAUUGAUUUUAACCAAUGCUCCAUCUAUGUAUGGAAUUUUUAAUUUAGGUUGCCAUUUAAAAAACAAAAAUAGGUAGCGAUUUAACCCUCGGAAAUAAGAGACACCGACAAGAGUAAGGACAUAUUUUAGAGUUACUUAUUUCUCAAGUCUUCUAAAUAACAAAUUCCGAAAAAAGUUGAUACUUUUCGAGAAAAUUAGUAUCUUAAACGUUAUAUUGAUCACUCUGUAUAUGGUAUAUAAUAUUAGAUAGGUACCUACCCAUGUGUUUUACAAUUACAUUUGACAUCUGUUUUGUAAUUUGAAAUAUGCUCUGAUGGUUUAACUAUUAUUUUGUUUAUACUGUUAGUAGUGUAUGGACUUGCGUAGUAGAAGUUAUUAUUAUUAUGACUUGUAAAACACGAGUUAAUUAAAAAUUAAACAUUAAAUACGCGUUGUGUUAGGAAAUUUGUAACUCUUGAGUUGCUGAAGAUGCGUUUUAAAAUCGAAAAAACUGAAAAUGUACAAAAUGUACCUAGGCAUCAGUUAAAAGAUAUUAUGGUCUUUUUUUUUCUAUGUACAACUUUUCUACCAGCAAUUUUGCUCUAACUUUUAAUAGUAGCAAAGUUUUUAAAAAGGAAAUUCCUCUAGCAAGGUACUUUAGAAACGUCAUUUUUCGAUUUUCCUAUGAGUUUUCCAGCAAAUGUGAAAAAGUGGGAUAAAACAAGGAAAAACAUAGGAAAACUGGGAAAAUUGGUACAACAUUAAACAAAUAUUAUUAAAGAAAAUACAUAAAGCCUAUUUAAAUAUUUUUUUUUUACCAUAAAAUGACAUAUAUUGUUGACAACGCAUCACUAUUAGCUGAACUGCACUCAGAAUCGUUUUUUCGUGAGCAAUGAUUUAUCAUUGCUUACAGAUAUACAUUAAAUUACCUAUAAUAGUGGCUGCACCCACCCCAUUAUCCUAGGACGUGUUUUUAGUUUUUAUUUAUUUUUUUGUCUGUGAACAACUUUCUACCAGAUAUUUGGCUCCGAUUUUCAAGUGUAGUACUUUUUCUGAAAGGAAACUUUAUCUGGAUGAUACUCAGUGGCGAACCUAGGAUUUUAGUACUGUAGGUCUGCCUCGCCAUAAGUCAACUAAUUUUUAGUAAAAUUUAAAACUUACUUACAAACUUUGGUAUUGUCAAUUAAUUCAAAUUUAAUUAUUUUUUUAUUUGUUGCAUUCAAAUUGAUAUUCACUUAAUAAACUUACCUGAAAUAUUUAAAUAAUUUUGAGUAUUUUAGAUUUUGAGAAGAGAUUAAACAUAUUUAUUAUUAUAUUUGUAUACAUAUAGUUGCAGUAUAUUUAUUUUAUCUUAGUUUUCAAUAACUGCUUUCAUUUUCACAGUAAAAUGUAGUUAUAAAUUCUAAUCGAAUACAAAAAUAAUUCAUUCAUAAAGUUAUAUUUUUAUUAUAAUGUAUAAAAAAUAAAAAAUAAAAGUAAAUAUAGUAUUACAAUAAUUUUCUACGUUUUUUCAUUGAUGCAAAUGUACUUAUUACUUUAUUAAAAUGUAUUGUUUGAGCUAUAUUGCUUUCUAUGCGUAAUAUUGCCGAAUUUGAUAGCCGGUCAUAGUUGAGCAAAGGUAUGUCUUGAGAAAUUUAAGCCUGUUAAAACUUCUUUCUGCAGUUGCACUGCCGACUGGAAGAGUAUAUGAAAUACGCUUUGACAAUAUGGUAUAAUACAAAGAAUAGUGAAAUAGUUAUAUAUAACAUACUAUACAUGUAUACAUAAUAUGUGUAAUACAUCAAUAACGACCAAUGACCACGGCUCGUAUAUUUAUUAUGGAUAUUGGAUAAUAAUAUAAAAACAAUCGUAGAUUCCACUAAUAAUACGAUAAGAAUAUCUAUAAAUAGAAAAGGGAUUUUUACUUAAUAUGUGAUAAAUAUAUUUACGUAAACAACAUUAUCGACUAUCGGUGCGUGUUUUGAAGAGGCAGCCGCGCGUACGGUACGCAUGUUUUUCCAUUUAGGUAAAUUAUUUGUCGAUACGCGCUGGCCGUACGAUUUCGUACGCGCUAUUUACACUUCAAUACCCAGUCUUCGCGUCUUUCAAUACAUCAUGAUAUUUAUAAAUUUAUAAUUAUAUUUUCCUAGAAAUUUUCUUGAGCCUGUGUAAAUUUUAUAAAUUACUUAUAAUCACCCAUAUUAUAAUUUAUUAUUAUUUCUAUUUUGAUUAUUGUAGUAUUGUAUAUAUUUACGUAGUUUGUCAUUUCGAGGGGCCACAUUUUACCGAGAAAAAAUCUGUUGGUCAGCUGACCUCCCAAACCCCCCCCCCUGGCCCCUGGUGACACUUUAAGGAAGUAAUUUUUUGAUUGUCCAAACGGUUUUCGUAAUAGCUGGGAAAAACCGGGCAAAAACAUAGGAAAUCGGGAAAAUUCACAAAGUGUAAUAGUUUCAAUUUUAUUUUUUUUGUGAUUCAAUUAAAAAUAUUCAUAGAGAUUUGAAAUUUUGACCUAAAUAUUAUAGAUAUUUUCCUUUUCUAGACGUUGUAAAAUUUUUAAAAUAUAUAUGCUAGUUUUGAACUAUUUAUACACAUUUACGUAAUUUUUAUUCGAUAGACACUAUGCGGAUAAAAUUGUUAGGCCAAACAGAAAUGCUUGACAAUCGAACAGGAGGUUUAUUCUGGGUCGUUCUUUGUGGUCAAAAAAAUAAAAAUUGAGUGUAAUGCAGACAUUUUUUUUAUUAGGAUUUUAAUUACAAAUUCUGACGAAAAUCGUAGAUGUUACGACUUUUAAACAUCUAUAACCCUACUCCGUUGAGAAUCAUUUUUCAUUAACAAUUGUUAAUCGUUACGAACAGAUAAACACUAAAUUCCCCUCUAUAACUAUUCUAUCUUCUAACUUCCCACCUAUAAAAGUAGCCCAUCCAUCGUGCAAAGUAUAUUUAAGAUUUUCUUCAGUUGAAAAUAUUAAAGUUGGUAUAGUUAAGUAGGUAUCUACUAACAUGCAUUUUGGCAUUGAAAUGUAUAAGGUCAGAUAACUGACUUACACGACCCUUGUGAUUGCAGACAAUUAUUAUUAUGGUAAGUAGGUACUACUUAAUAAUAAUAAGUCUAGGUAGUAACCUAUGCUAAGUAUUGGUAAUAACUUAUACUUGUAUAAUUUUAACCUGGGCAUAUCUAUCUAUAGUUUAUAUUUUAAUGAUUCAUUCACUGCUGUUUUGCUAAGAGAUAGGUAAUAUAAUUUAAAAUUGAUGUAGUCAAAUUUGUUGUUUUUCAUCCUCUCGAAAAUUUUGAUUAUUACCUAUUUAAAUUUUAAAUAAAUAAUAAUUAUAUAAACAUAUUUAAAACAAAUAUUUGUAAUUAAUGUAUGAUAUAUUUUCAUUUUAAUUUGUUUAAAAACAACAUACGUUUAUAAUAAAAUUCUUAACCUCGAUUUAGGAUAUAAUUAUUAUUUACCAAUAUAAUGGAUCUAUUGCGAUAAUCACGAUUCAAGAGUAUCAAUAAGUGAUUAACUAUAGCAUAGAUUAAUGUAUUUAAUUUAUAUUCAUGCCUACAGUAACUAUGCAUGUGUGUAUUCAGAAAUCAGAAUACACUAAUGUCUUAGUGGGUAAUUGAAAUAAUUUGUUUAUAAAUAAGUUAAAAAUAAUAAUGUAUCAUCAAAUGUUAAACACAUUGGACAUGAACUAAUAAUAAUAUUAUUUAAUUUAGUCAUUGAUGGCAGUGGUUCUCGCGGCAAUAUUUAUCACGUAUUUUGUAGGAAUUAUUGCUGGAAAAAAACUCCGUUAACUAUUACCUACCUCGGCUCAGGCCGCAUCUGAAUACCAUUUCGAAAAUAAAGAUAAGGAUUUCUAUAGAAUAUAGGUUUUCAUAGCCAAGUAUAGGCACAAUAUAGGUUUAAAUACUGAAAUACCUAAGGGUUCUAUGAGAAAUACUUUGAUAGCAAUUUAUUCACUAUAGGUAUUUGAUUAGAUAUAGGUAGGUACCUAGUAAUAAAUUAUAAUUAUAAUUCUAUAUAUUAUUAUUGUAUUGAAUGUAUUAAUAUAUUAUAUAGUUCUUGAAAAUUUAAAUUUAAAUUUGUAAUAAUUGUGUUACUAUAAUUACAUUUUUCGUUGUUCAGAUUAUUUUUAAAUCGUAAUAUUUUACCGCUUUCGCGAUAUCGCGUAACAAGGGUUGUGGACGCGGUCGAAAAUGUGAUUGUAACAUUUCUAUAGAGAUAAGGGACAGUUAAUGAUAAACCAGGGAUAAACAUUAAAUAAUAAAUAAUGUAUUAUAUUAUAGUAAAAUACUACUUUUCAUAAUAUUGGCAUUAAAAAUUUAAAAAUUUCAGUUAAAAAUUGUUAUAUUAAUAAAUAAAUAUUUUUUAUUACAUGUUUUCCUGUUACUUUAUAAAAAUUGUUUGGAAAUGUCAAUUUACCUGCUUUAGUGUUAUUCUACAAGUAUGAUAAUUUAUUUAAUUUUAUUUAUUGCAAUACUCUGCAGUUAUUCUCCAGGUAAGAAUGUUAAACUAUAUUUGUAUGUGUUUUUCUGAAUAAUAAUCACUAAAUGAUAAUAGUAAUGAGUAUUAAAUACCAGUUUUCUGAUUAACAAAUUAUAAUUAACAAUAUUAAUAAAUAUUAUAAUUGAUAUAAAUAUAACAAUUGAUUAAAUUCAAAAAAUAUUUAAAAAAUAUAGUAUCAAAGGUCAAAAACGUUAUUAGGUAGUUAAUGUUUAUAAAAGAUUAUGUUUCUUAUUAUAUGAAUGUACAAGUACAUAUUUAACAAUUAAAAAUGCAUAUUCCUAAUCAUGAACUCGUAAUCAUUUUACUAUUUAUUGUUGGUGAGGAAAUUUAUUGUUUUAAAUUUUCAAUUAAAAACGGUAAAAUGAUAUAUAUAUAUGACAUAUUAAGUAAAAUGUUAAAUAUAGGAAUAAUUAAUAAAUAACAGAUAUAAAUAUAUAUAUGUAUAAAUUAUAUAAAAAUACGAAACUAUCUUACUAAUAAGAUAGUAAUCUUAUUAUUAAAUUAAAAUAUGUUUAAUUGAGUAUUAAAAUUACCUAUGUUUAGGUAAAUAUAAAAAGGCUAAUAAUUUAUUUUGGUAGGUAUACAGUAUACUAUAGUUAUUUUUAAGGGAUUAUUAUUCUUAUAAUAUUCAUUUAAAUUUUAGUGAGUUAUUUUUCAGUUAUCUAUUCGUGUUAUUUUUUUGUUUUAGGCUAUGUUGAGGCUGUAUGCCAGGACAAUAAUGGCAGGUCUGUCAAGGAAGGAAUGCAUUAUAUUCCAGGUCCAGACACUUGUACUCUAUGUGUAUGUGACAACUCUGUAGCCAAGUGGUGUAAAGCAGUAUUAUGUUCUCCACCACAGGUAAACUUAAUUAAAUUAAUUAAAUUAGUAAUUAAUUGGACUAAGGUUAGACUAAUUAUUUAGUUGUAUAAAUAGGUAAUUCUUAUUAAAUUGCCUAAAAUUGAUUUGUAAGAAAUUAUUAAGUAUCUAAAAAAAUGAUUUGAGUUGUUACGUACAACAAUGUACAUAUAGACCUAUAUUUUUCUAUGCACAGAUUAUUAUUUUAAUGAUAUUACAUGGAUUUUGAGAUUUUAAUUUAUUUUAGUCUAUUUAAGGUAAACUAUUUUGAUGGUUUUCCUGAAGUUUAAAAUGUCAGACUAAUGGUAAUUUUUAAAUAAAAUAUUUUCUAUUUGUUUUCGUUAGAUUUUAUGGAGAUGAAUUAAUAAUGUUUAAAAAACUAAUCUUAAAUAACAACAAAACAUAAAUAAAUCAUAACAAAUUUAAAUUAGUGUUAAUUACAGUACUCCUUACUACUACUACUAAAUUCCUAUGUUUUUUGUGAUAGAGAAUUAAAUAUCAUUGAAUACCAAAGCUACAUUACUAUUAUAAUAUAUAGAUCAGUAUUGUAUUUUAAAUAUUAAUUAUUUAAUUAUAUAACUAAUCAAUAAGUUAAAAAUAAGUAAUUAUACAAUUUGUAAUUAUUUUUAGGAUUGUAAGUCAUUUACUGUUGGAAGUACAUGCUGUGAAUUUAACUGUUUGGAUGAAUCUCUUAAUGAUAAUGAUCAAAUAGAUUAUAAAGGCGAUAAUAUCAAUGCUAGAUCAAUUGCUACUACUAUAACAGCAUUUUUUUUUUUUAUACUAAUUGUCUUUCUCAUCAACCGAUUACAUAGAAGAAAUAUUAUGUCAAGUAAGAAUUGUUUUGUUUACACCAUUAAAAUAUUAACUUAUUUGCAUUACUGAGUUAGAAAACUGAAAUAGUUUACAUUUUUAAUUUGUUAGUACAUUUGAAUUUCAAUUAAUGAACAAUUAUUUGUGUAUCCAAAAUUGUAUUAUAAAAAUGUAUUUCCAUAAUAUUGUUUUUUCUUUAUACUUAUACUACUCACAGUUUAAUUAUCAUAUACAAAUUUAAUUUAUUAUCCUGAUGUAUGGCAUACUUUAUGUAACUCUUCAUAGGAAGUUGGAUAAUAUGUUUAAUUUGUAAAAUGUAAUAGUUCAAUAAAAAAAAAAAAGUUAUAGUUUAUAUUUUUCCCAUUUUGUUCAAGUGUUUAACAGUUAUUAAUUGGUUAAAAAAACUUAUCCUACACAUUGAUUACAUAUAUACAUGAUAAUUCACUUAGCGUGGUUACCUCAUUUUUUCGGUUAAAUUUUGUAUUUAUUCAAAUUCUGAUUUUUAGAAUUUUAAAGUGUAGUUGAGACCAAUAUUUUGGAAAAUUUAGAUUUUUUAUAACAUUUAAGAAGUAUCCUGUAACAAUCAAAAUUUUGGUAUUAUUAACAUUUUUGAUUUCCUUAAACCCAUUGAUGAAUUAUUCCAAUUUUAAUUUUUGGUAGUGGGAGAGAAGUGGAGCAUUAUUAAAAUGCCACACUUCAUUCCACUAUACAAAUUGAAUUUCACUACUUUACCCAAACUAAAAUUUAAAUUUGAAUAACUUAUCAAUGGGUUGACGGGAAAUUUUAACACCAAAUUUUAUUUAAACUAUUAUUUAAUGUAGGUUCUAAUUUGAUAAACCAAAGUUGCUACAGGAGACAACUUAAAUGCUGUGAGAAAUCUAAGUAUUCCAAAAUAACAGUUUUAAUUACACUUAAUAAAAAUGUCUAAAAUUAGAAUUUGAAUAUAUGCAAAAUUUAACUAUACAAAUGGGGUAAGUAUGCUUAAUUAAUCAUCCUGUGUGUACAUAUAUAUAUAUGAUUGUGUGAUACAAUGACUAUUAAUAUUAAUAAUAAUUUUUUUUUCUAUUAAUUGUAAAUUACAGUUUACAGUUUUGUUGGAAUGGUGAGAUAUAUGAAGUUAUUUAAUUUAUACCUGUAACCAAUGAUAAACCAUUGCUAACAUAAAACGAUUCGAAACAAAGUUCGGUUGUACAUGUUUUGAUAGGCCAUAGUAUUUAUGAUCUUUGUCAUUUUAGCUCUUUUAAAAAAAAAUAUUUUUCAAAAGUAGAAUAUAUUUUUAUAAAUGGUAUAAUUUUAUAAUUAAUAUAAUAAGUCAAAUAUAUUUCUAUUGCUUCCUUGAUCAUCAAUUAGAUUAAAAAUUCAACAAAAAAGAUUCAUUUUAUUUUUCUAUUGGAGCAAUAUUUAUGGUAAAAAUAUAAACCGUAAAAAUUGAAAAAGUGAAAUUAUGCUGAAAUUUUAAAAAAUUGUAUUUUUUGUCUUCUUUGAUUUUUCCCAAUUAUUAUAGUUUUCUUAAGAGUGAAUCAUUAUUGUUUAGUAUAUGUUUGAGAUGAAACUUCAAUAUAUAUUUAUGUACUUCAACUAUUUUAAAGAAUAACAGUGUUAUAAUAUAUUUUAAAAUAUAAUAUUUGUUAUAGAUGGAGAAGUGUUCACUGAUUCAAAUUCACCUCAAAUAGGGGAGGGUGUAAGAGGAAUUGGAUUUAUCAGUGGAUAUAUGAAUUUCCCAAGACCCAUAAAUACUGAUUUAUAUUAUGGUGAUCAUGCAACACUUCAUAUACCCUUAUGGAAAACUUACUAUCCACGCAAUGACGCUCCUCCUCCAUAUGAUGAAGCCAUAGCAUUACCUCACCAAAUACCUCAACAGUUUAAUAGACUAGUAGAUGAAGUUACAACACAUAGAACUAUACCAGUGACUAUGACUGAAAUUGAACAAAAUUUGCAGCUACAUACCUGUGAUCCUGAAACUGAACAAACUACCACCAAUCAGACAUUAUUAGAAAAUGGUAACUUUACCGUUUUCUUUUAAUAUAUUAUUUCAUCCUUUUCUCUUUCGCUUUCAUUUCACAUAUCAUUUUUAAUUAUAUCUAACUACUUCUUUCGGUCUUUCUUUCUCUUCUUUCCAACUAUUUUCAUUGCUAUUCUAACUGUUUCCAAUUCUUCUCUCCUCAUGACACGCUUAAACAAUUUCAGUUUAUUUUAUCUUAUUUAUCUACCAUGAAAUCAAACCUCUUAUGUGCUUGUUCCUUAUCCUCUCGUCAUUCCACUCAUCCGCCUCAGUACUCUCUUUUACACUUAUUCUUUGUUUUAUUUUUUUGCCUUCCCAACCUAUACUCCGAACUAUACAACAGGGUCAGUCUUUCUACAUUCAUGUAGAACUUACUUUUAAAUCUCAUUGGAAUUUUCUUGUUACAUAAAACACCCGAUGCUUUUCUCCUAGUCUAUCAUAUCUAUAUAACUUUACUUUGUUUACUACCUUUAUAAUUUCCUUACAAAAUAUUUUGUACUCUAUGCAAUCUUCUCUUUUCUUGUUCUUCUAUCAUGAUGUAAAUUCUUUCUUCUUAUUUGCUAUAAUUCUCUAAAAUUCCUCAUCCUAUCAUUAAGUUCGUUGCUUUUUGGCAUACUACUCCUACUCUCACCAUUUAUUUUAUUUACAAUAAUUUUAAUAUAAAUGGCCAUCCCAUGGCUAUUUCCACACGACCAUUUCUUUAAUUUUUUUAACUUUUUCUUUGUCUUAUUAAUUUCCACUACAAAAUUUUUAACUCCUUUCUUCCUCUGUUAUUUUUAUUUUUGUGAACUCUCUUCUUACUACAUCAAAAUUGUAUGAACCUAUAUUGUGUUAAUUCCAUUACCAUACACUAAAUUGUUACACCCUCACCCCGGAUUACUUUACAAUCCUUUAGUUAUUUAACAAUUUCUCUCUUCAACACAAAAUAAUAAAUUUGCGAUCUAUUCUUUUUACUUAUAAAAGUUGUAUAAUGCUCUUCUCUUUUUUAUAAAUACGUGUUAAUAACUACAAGGUCAUAAUAUGCUAAUGCAAAAUUUAGGGUUUUUUCUCGCUCUAAAACUAUAUUUUCUAUAUACCCUCACAUACUCUAUCUUUUCAUUACCGACAUGUCCAUUCAGAUAACCAUCAAUCAUUGUCACAUCCAUCUCGCCAUAAUAUUCAUGGUGUUAAAUAAACAAUAAUAAUAACAAUAUAUUAUUGUAUUAAAUUGUUCUAUUCCUUAUCUCUUGAUAAACCUGAUUAGACCUUUUGUUUUAGAUCAAAAAAAUAAUGAACAUCAAUGUAAUAAUAAAAUAACCACAGUCAUUAAUGAUGAUUUCCGAGAAGAAUGUGAAAAUUGUAAACAUGAUCAAGAACUUGCUGAAGGAUAUGAUGAUAGUUUCCCUGGUCCAGAAACAAUGACACUAGAACGACGACCACAACUAACUCAUGAACACGCAGUGGAUGUCAUUGAACCUCGCUCAUCAAUGACUUUACCUGGUGAUGGAUGGCUACGGAGGUAUUUUAUUGUGUUACUUAUUUUAUAAUUAACAACUAUUUUUUGAUAAACAAUUAAUCAUAACAAAUUAUUUAGGUCUCAUGUUAGUAACAAGAAAGAUAAGCAUAGAGAAGAAUGGUUUAAAGAAACUAGUUUAAAGGAAGAUUCAAUCUCUGAUGAUGAUCGACCAUAA